GUUAAAGGUGUCCUUACCGGAGCAUGCUGCGGAAAAGGGAAAAUACAUUAUAUAAAUCCCUGUAGAGCCUUACUGCGGUUAUAUUGAGAGAGAAGGCGAGGAGUCAUUUCUAUCUGCACAGACAAAACUUUUUCUGAAGAGUAAAACGAAACAGGACAAUGAAAUUAAGACUUUGAUGGAAAGAUUAGCAUCCAAGGAGCUUGAACUAAUAGAGUUAAGAGAGAAGUUGACGAAGUCUGAGGAAGAAAAAAUGGCCAUUUUGGGUAAAGCUCAACAAGAGGGUGAUAUCAAAAGUCUGAUGGAGAAAAUAGCGUCAAAGGAAGCAGAACUCAGAGAACUAGGAGAAAAAUUAACGAAAUCUGAGCAAGAAAAGUCAGACGAGCUUGGCAAGGUAUGGGAGACAAUGACUGAGCUACAAUCAGUAAUUGAGGAUCGCGAAAAAUCUAUCGACAAGCUCGAAAAAGAGUUGAAAGACCAAGAGGCGAAACACAACAGACAGAAGAACACUCUCGAGCAGACGGUCGCUAAGAUGAAGGAAGUGAUGGAGAGGAAGGGAGGAGACGCGAACAAAGUCAACGCUAGGGUCGCUGAGCUCGGGAAAGAGCUAAAGGAAAAGACGAAAAGCGCCGAGAAGCUCGUCAAAGCGUCGGAGAAACGUGAAAAGGAAGUCGAUGCGCUGAAACGCGCGCUUCAAGACCAGGACCAGGUAAUGGAGGAACAACAAGAUGCACUGACCGAGCGACAGCUGGGGAUAGAGUCCCUCACAGAGGAGUUGCGUACACUUAGGGACCAGAACACAUCCACAAAUUCUCUCUCCGCCGAGAUUCGCCGACUAGAAGGCACGCUAUCCGUUUACAUCGAGGAAAAGGUCCAGCUACAGCGGGAGCUCGAUGCGCUAAGGAAGACAGAGGCGGGAAUCGAGGUGUCAAAGGUGGAGAUCAGUCGAGAUUACGAGAUCGAGAAAAGUGAGAUCUUGGUAAAGCUGGAGCAGAAGGAAGGAGUGAUCGCCAAGAUGAAGACCCAGCAGAAGAGCUCCGACUCGGCCGCCGCCAAGGAAAAACGGCUGCUUAAACAGCAGUUAAAGGAGAAAGAAUUCGAGAUCAACAAACUCAACGAGAACUUGGAAAAGGCGGAGCGCAAACAGAAAGAGUACGAGGAUCUGAUCCAGCUGAAAGACGUUGAUGUUCGCAAAGCUGCGGAGGAAAAGGAAGGCAUGCUCAAAGCCAUGCGCGAGGCGUUCGAAGUGGCCUCCACCAAGAAGACCGAGUACGAGAACAAACUAGAGUCAGUGCGGAGAGAGAUGCAGGUGGAGCACGAACGCGAACUCGCGCGCGUACGCGAGAGUCACGCGCGUGGAAACGCGAUACACGAGAAGGAUAAGGAAAGGAAAUUGGACAUAAAGGAAGAGUCAGUGCGGAGAGAAAUGCAGGCAGAGCACGAAUCCGAACUCGCGCGCGUACGCGAGAGCCACUCGCGUGAAAACGCGACACACGUGAAGAAUGAGGAAAGGAAAUUGGACACAGAGGAAGGGCAAGUGACAGUACCUCAGUCGCCAGGCGAAGACAAGAAGCUGGUCGUUCAGGUUGAGAAACUACCGUCGGAUGUGAAGACUAAAGUUCAGCCACUCAAGAAGACUGGAGAGAUGAAGACUGAAGGAAUUGAAGAGCCGGCAAGUACCGGGCCCAUGAGACGCCUCGCCCAGCGCAGACCUGCCAAGAACCGCACUUCAGACGAGUCCACCACUUCCGAGGAUAGCUCUACUCAGGAUCGCAUUGAGAUAGACGUUACUCCCAUCAUGGGACGUAGACGAACUCGCGCCGCCACAAAGGGCUCAAGAAAACGCCGAAGUAGCAGCGAGCUCUCCCUUGCCGAGAUCAAAGCGCAGUUGUCUGCCGCCAAGUGCCGUAGGAUGGACACAGAUGACGAGACUCCUGGGUCUGUCUCCCGCUCUGUUCGAACCCGCUCCACCGCGGGUAGGACGAGCUCUGUGGUCAAAUCACGACCGAGUACAGCACGAAAAACAUCCACGCUCGUCACGCCUGGCAAGCCUCCCCUCCCUCUAACUCCCAAGAAUGAGAGCAGCACUUUAAGUCUUGCGGAGCACCAGUCCGCGAAGAAGAAGAAGAAAGGUUUCUUCGGCAAGCUUUUCGACUCCGCCUGUGACGAAAACUCCCCUCCCCGAGUUCCGCCAUCAGGGAAGAAGAAGAGAAAGCUUCUAAAGAAAGACAUAUCCGGUCCCAUGGACACAUUCUCCCCGACGCCCGUCAGAGGCUCAGUCAGCGAGGCGAGCAAAGAUGACCCUGCUAGACGAUUAAUCACUCGACAAUUGCGCUCAAGAAAAUAAUAAGAGAAAUCAGCAUAUAAGUGAGGUGUCCUUUUAUAAUUUACAAAAAAAGUCUGGAUUUUUUUAAUCGGAACUUUUCCAAACAAUCGUAAUAGCUAAUAAUAUAGUUGCAACUAUAACGCUAUUUGAAACCCACUACCAUCAAUUCACAGAAAAUGUCUGGAUCUUUUUGAUUGGGGCUUUUCCAAACAAUUUGAUAGCUGUUAAUAUAGUUACAACUAUAACGGGUAUUUGAAACCCACUAUCGUCAAUUAUUAUUUACUGCCAUAGAACUUGGACAUAUUCAAAUUUGGUCUGACUGUUUAAGAUAGUGUUCUUGGGAAUACAUCUUCACCAGCGGAAAAUAAUAGAAAUCGCUAUUUUUAAAAAGAGGAAGGGGGGAGUUAGUUAGCAAACUAGAUUAUAUGUUGUUGUUGUUUGCAUAUUUGUAAGACAUUUGAAAUAUGUUUUCGUGAACCCAAAAGAAUGAGUUGUGUCAUUGGGGAACAAAAACAAGUUGCUAAUACGUUGCUUGUCACCGUGCUGAACUUUAUAGAAAAGAAACACAGUUUAGAUGAAUCAGGAAUGUAUUGUAAAUACAAAGUUGAAAAUUGGAAAAAUAAAUGUAGAGAAAUAUA